AUCGGGAAUGAAGAGGCCGCCGUCAGCUUAUCUCCCUCGGCCACAUUGCGGCCUGUGUUCCGCUCCCUCAGCGUGGGGAGCGCGCACUGGAUGCAGCGUGGAAUAACUCCACACACACACACACACACACACACACACACACACACACACACACACACACACACACACACACACACACACACACACACACACACACACACACACACACACACACACUGGAAGCAGAAAAAAAAAAAAACCGUCAGACAUGGAUGACCCACUCACAAAAUGGCUCCACGUCCACGCUAGCAUCAACACCACUGCGACGUUAUGAUGGCUCACGUCGUCACUUAAGUGGUCGCCUUAUUUUGGAGCUAUAUAUAUAUACAUAUACAGUAUAUAUAAAUGCUGGGGUUUCAACAACUAACAACAUGAUGGAAAAAAGGCAGCCGGACCUUUGUCCUGGAAGUCCAGGUGAAGAAUCCGGACCUGGGAAGGCUGAAGACUCCUCCAUCAUCAUCAUCACCAGACAGGAGGAGGAGGAGGAGGAGGAGGAGGAGGAGGAGGGGGAGGAGGUGAAGAAGAAGAAGGAGGAGGAGGAAGGAGAGGGGGCCGAGGAGACAGAUGACGUCCCCCUGCAGAACCCGACUAACGGGACCGUCAUCAUCAUCAACGGCGUUGCCAAGGAAACUGCCUCUCACGACGACGCCCUUGACCUGAAAAGGGAAGUGCCGGUGAUCGAGCUCUCCAGGGGGGCCGCUAUAAAGGCGCUGGAGCAGAGGACCGAGAGCCAGUCGGUGGCCAUCACGGAACUUCGCAGACCUCCUCCGCCCGCACCGCGCACACAACGAGACGACGCUCGAAUGGUCCAGCUGAGCCCCAACGCGUUCCCAGUCCCGGCCCGGGCCAUGCUCUACAACCUGGCGCAGCCUCUCGCCGCCAUCAACAGUCUCGCAGGGGAGGUCGAGCAGUUCGGCAUGUACCCCAUCAGCAGCAGAGUCAAACGCCGCCCGGCACCGUACGAGGUUGAACUGGACGAGGCUGGCCAGCCAAAGAUCGUCCGGCGCAUCUUCACAAACAGCCGUGAACGUUGGCGGCAGCAGAACGUGAACGGCGCCUUUGCAGAGCUUCGUAAACUCAUCCCUACUCACCCUCCCGACAAGAAGCUGAGCAAGAACGAGAUCCUGCGUCUUGCCAUGAAAUACAUCAGCUUCCUCUCCAACCUCCUGGAGGACCAAGAUGGCGGGCGCACUGUUGGCGCCACGACCGAAGGGGAGACCGGGAUCAUGGAGGGGGUCCCCCAGGGUGGACAGCGUCAGGACACAGUGGCAAGGGAUGACAUGCUGGAGACAAUGUCGCCUGGGUCCAGCUGCGGAAGCCUGCCUGACGGCGACGCCGAGGGCAGCCCGGAGAGCUUCAUGGAGGAUCAGGACUCGCCUCCGGCUACGAGGACUCUAUCGGCCUCACGGGGCCCUGCGCUUCAUCUUGCUACUCGGGAUCUGAGGCGCAAUGGACGCCCGCUUGACGGCUCUGGUCGGCGAUGAUUCUCAUGCUUCAAAAGCAGAAACACGCACGCUCGGCUGAAAGUGAAAAGGUGUGCAAAGGUGAGACAACAUGGACCUGACUACCUGCAGUACCUUCCUGUCUCCACACGUCACGCCACUGAUGAAGAGCUUGGGUCAAUCAUGGCGGAAUUUGGUCCAAAACCACUUGUAAAUUCUGCAUGCCUUGAUGAUGAAAUGACAGGGAAAGGAGCUAGGAUCCUUUGUCUCGAUACAAAGUGUGUAAAAAAACGAACAAAAACAACGUGCAAUGAAAGUAAAACCAAACAAUAAUGACACAAUAAUGUACAAAGUAAAGCAAGAUUUCUUGCACCAUUGACCACUGUUUAGUCCAUGUCCACACCAACACUUCAUAAACGCUUACUUACCUCUGCGUUUGCACCUCUUGUCUACACGCAAACGCAGACUUCUGUCCUUAAAAACGCAGACUUUUGCCAACGCUGGCCAAAGUGGAGAGUUCCACUCUCCGCAAACGGAGACUUGCACUCUUCUGAUGACAUCAUGGUCGUACGCGCUCAUUUCCAAGCUCAACAACACUGCCUUGCUGCCUUUAAACACACUACAAGAGGACUUAGUGUCUGUUUGAACGUAAACAUGCUGCUAUUUUCACUCAACUAGAAUAAAAAUAAAAAUAAAGUGGCCUUUGCGACACUCCUGCUAGCGCUAAUGACAGUCAGCUGUUUUGGAUACGAAGGCUGUCGGACCUCCACCUGAUGGGACAACUUUGACUUUUUGCGCCGCGUUAUAAGAAAGGUGCAACAUUACCUUAUGUGCGCGUGAGCAACUAAAAAAAAAACAUGAUGUAGCAUCCUCCUUGUUAGUGUGUACUUAUGUAUACACUUCAUCGCACAUGUACUAUAUCAUUAUAUCCAUGAUUAAAUGCGUUUUGCAGCAACACACACACGUCUGUACGCUUGUAGGCACUUAAUCAUGCCAAAGGCUUUCCUUGGCUCGUUAGUGUGUGCUGAUUUAAAAAAAAUAAUGUAGACUCCACUGCACAUAUCACCAUGUUGCUGAUUAAACACGUUAUAAUUCUGAGUCUUGGUUAAAAAAAGAUUGAUAAUGUUCCCAGGACUGUGAAGUGCAGGCUGGUUUUAAAGAUAAUGUCAUUGUACAUCUAGUAUAUCACAAUAAAGGUUAAGAUAAUAUACUGUAGGUGUAAUGCUACCAAGUCAGCUCUUUGCUGCUUUUUUCCAGGCUUCUGAUUGGACAGAAGGUGCAUGACAGCAGGGGUAUGCGUUUGUGUGGAGACAUGAGCCGGAUUUGCAUAUACUAGUUCUCGGGACCCAGUUCUAGGAACUACCACACUCCAGUUUAGUUAUAGGAACUAGCCUCCCCCAUAGGGACUUUUCCUCUUCACGCUGGCACAUGGCUUGGUAAAACAACCUGUGUGACACAUAUCCGCCUGCGACCGUGAUAUACUACUUUAUAUAUAAAAGCCAGGGAGGUUAAUCAGACAACUUUUUAGAACAUUUCUUAGAUCUAUACCCAGGCUAAGUUUUCUGUACUGUUUACUCACCUUCAAGCUCCUGUCAAGGCGGGACGUUCUCGUCGUUCAUCACUCUCAGCUCAGUACAUCACUCCAAAGUGUCGAACCAUUGGCUUGUCUUUCUGUUCGCAUCACUCUGGUUGUUAUGGUCCUGGAUUUUUUCUUCAUCUUCUCCCUGCACUGCUUCGCGGUGUGGGAAAUGCCUGACAUUUCUAACUGAGCGCUUAAUGUACCGAAUAUUUUAAUGUUCCGCUGCCAGCCUUCAAACCCCCGCUGAAUCUCCUCUGUGGAAUAGGCGGCAAGCAGAUUUUUGACCUCCUCGUCGGUCCAUCUUUCGCGGGCAGUGUCCAUUUUUCCUGUCACUGUUUAAAAAUGGCGGGUCUGUGUUGUGGCUAGCAGAAGGGGCGUAGCUCGUCAGUUCAACCAAUCACCAAACACCUCCGUAUUUGAGUUCCUAUGGGACUCAGUUUAGACUCUGCCUCAGAGUAGGAGCUAAAAUGGUUUUAGGAUCUGAGGGCCGUAGUGCCUAGUACCUGUAUGUCGGAACACUACAAAAAAUAGCCCGGGGACUGGAAAGGUUAUAGGAACUCCAAAAACAAAACGACUAAGGACAGUUUUGAAAGCACCCUUGGGUGGAUGGAGAUGGUUUUAACCUUGGAUAUGCGUUUUUGAACCUCUGCGUGUUGGUGUGGACAUGGGCUCAGUGAUGAUUGGUUACAACGAGGUAUGGCCAAUUAUUCAAAGGGGUCAAGUCAUACGGCCUAAAAAUGUAAAACAAGCGGUUCUCAAAAGGAUUUAGUAGGAUUUUACACAAGUGGUUGUGCAUGUAGCGUGAUGCUAAUGUUAACAUUUAAUGGGAUGUCCUCACUAGAACACACUCACUGUCGUACUCUUGCGGUGACGUAUUGUACAUAGUUUAUAUUUCCUCAGAACAAUGUCGUGUGGUUUAGGGUGUACCUUAGUGUGUGUGUGUGUUUCACGGGUUUACACGCAGAGCGGAGUCGGGGUUGAAAAGCGACGGACAGCCGAGUGUCGUACGUCAAAAGGUCGGUACCAUUUACUCCUGCUACACAGGAGCUGAUGAUUUCACUGGGUGAAGGUAUUUGCUUGGGGAGGUACAAGAACAUUGUCCAGGUGUACAAAGGUCAUUUUGACAUCAUUGUCUGUUCCUUUUGACGGGAAUGCAUAUGUAGUUUAGUAAGGUACACAAAUUCAUCCCUUCAUUGCCAGCAACGCAGACGCACAGUGUUAAUAUCAUAACACCAGCAGCAGUUAAAUAUCGCUCACUGUUUUGUUUGUUCUACCUUUUUCCCAGCAGGACUUAGUAACCUAUAUUGGUACAUUGGGUGACUAUGGUCAUUGCGGUAAAAGGGACAUUGUACAUUUGGUAAUGACAUAUUUGUUGUAUGAUAGAUGUAUCUAUAAAUAUAUCCAAUGUUAAAUCCAUGGAUUUUAUACAAAACCCUCUGAAUAAAAGAUGCUUCCUGAUGUGCUCUUCAUCCUAACUUGUAUCAUGCAGAACCGCACACUAAAAAUAAAAUACUUGGCCAGAAAAAAGCCAAAUGUUAAAGGUUAGCGCAGAGUUAGUGCACAUUAUUGUCAGAUCAUGAAAUAAACCCAACCGAAGGAAAACUACGGUGGUACCUCAACUUGAGUGUUUUGAAAAAAGAGCUGUUAUGUUUGAAGUUGGAGUCACAAGCUUCCAGCAAAUGUCACAGUGAACCCCGAAAGAUCCGCCCCAAAACCUCUGGCCUUUACUAGCAAACAGUAGCUUACACCCAGAAAUCGACACAACUUUGUGUUUCCAAGCAUGGGAGGGAAGAACGUGAGUGUGGAGGACACUUCUGAGAAGAAGUGGACGAUAUUCAUUGAGUUAAAGAAAGGAAUUGUACAAAACUUGACCGAUCAUGUCGCCAACUUGGCAAGGUCUGCGCCACACUGAAGCAAAAUGUGUCUACCGCCAGCCAAGAAAGUUAAAAUAAUAUCCAAACGGAGGACAUUUAUCCAUGAAAAUAUGGGGACGCUGCAGAUGGAGAAGCAGCUGGAAGGAGAUACGUCCACUCUCUUACAUUACUCCUGUACUUGUUAGUAGUACACUCUAUUGUAUUGUUUCUAUACAAAAUUUCUUGACUAAAAGUUGUUUAAUUUUUUUAAAGACAGGUUAAAAGUGUGCUGUUGUGCCAACAAAAUUGAUUUAAAUUCAUUUUAAUGUUUAUUUGGGAUACAAGUGUUUUCAGUUAAGAGCUACAUCACAGAACCAAUUAAGCGUGUAAGUUGAGGUACUACUGUACUCUAAUGUGCGUCACUUUUCCACUAAUUACAGACUAUUUUUAAAUCUUUUGAAAUAAAAGAAACAUGUUGCUUGUGAUGUAGUAUACAAAGUGUACAAUGGACUGUGCCACACACUACCAGCAUCAGUUUGCAGGAGUAAUGCCAGAAACGGAGAAAAGUAGGCCUUAGUAUGCAUCAUUGGAAACUAGACAUGCUAACAAACAACAACAACCUACAAGGCCGUGUUUAUGUCACUGAACUGUAAGGAGACACAUUUGACUUCAAAGGAGACUGUGGAGUAAAUAGUGACUGAGCCAAGGCAUACAGCCACAUGGUGAGCUAGCAUUUUACUGAAAUAUUGUUUUUAUUUUGGUUAUUUCUAGCUGUGGAUCAUUCAAUAUUAAAAUGACUUGACCAAUGAGUGACCACUCGGUCUUUGCACACCAGUAGAUCUCUUUCCACCCAUUUUUCUUUAAGCUCGUUACUUGGCAACAUGUUCAUGAAUGUUUGCUUAAAAGGUGUUCAGCUGUGAGACUAAACCCAUUUUAAAAGAUGAUAUGCAUGUCAUUGGCUAAUA